UUCCAAUGUACCGACGAAGAAGCCUGUUGAACGUAAAACACAAACCAUGCGCAGUUAUAUUAUUUAAAUAUCCAUCGCAUAUUAGUUCAUUAUACCGUAAUAUUUACCUGCCGUGUUCAUCUAGCGUUCACGGGGAAAAGGAAUUGUCUCGCGAAGAACCGUGACACUUGGGACUGAAUGGGUGUCAACAAAGUCUCGGCAAAGACAGAGGUGUCAAGUGUCACAUCAGAAAUCGAUCAUCUUUUUAUGACAGUUUGCAAUUCAGGUACCUACAGCUGAGACUGUAGCUACACUGAUCCCUUUACUGUGGGAUGGAGAGAGAAGAAAGUGGCGUCUGCACACAGUCUGUCCGGCCGGAGUCCGUCUGCUCGCCCAAGUCUGAGGUUGCCAGUCCAGAAUCUGUUGUCCUUGAGUCUAUUAGUCCAGAGUCAGUUUGUCCAGACUCGGAUAGUCCACACUCAGGAUCUACCACCAGUGAAAACUCUAAUUGGCAGUCACGAUGUCAACUUUUAGAGGGAUCCUUGCUCCGUUUUCAGCAACAAGCAACUCGGAUACGAGAGAAUCUUGGACACCAGAUGAGAGACCUGGAGGAAAAGCUGUCAAUGAGUGAAGCUCGGGCUGAGACAGCAGAACAACAGCUUGAGCUGAUGGAGCAGCAGCUGGCGGCCAUGAACUGGAAGCCCUGUGACCUGGAAAAGCGGGUGCAGGAUCUGGAGAGAGAGCUACAAGACAAAGACAAACGACUGCGGGCCAUGCAACACCAUCUGGAGGAGCAGACCCAGCUGAGACAUCAUGACGCCAGAAUCGUAGAAGCCAAAGCUCUCAAGAUCAAAGAGUGGGUCACAAACAAACUGCAUGAGCUGGAAGAACAGAACCUUGAGAUCCAGCGUGAGAACGAUAUGCUACAGCAACAGGUGGAGCUGCUACGUGAUCGCCUCCAGUCUCUCCCUGCCCAGGCCGUCAAGGAGAUAUACAGACUCAGCCUUGAAAUGCAGGAGGGAUCCAUCUCCAGAUCUACAUCCAGAGGGUAGAGCCAGCCUGAAAUUCCACAACGACCUCGCAGCUCAGUGCUGGAAGCCAUGCAUCGAGAGAUGUCCAGCAAACAAAGUAGUUUGGAGGACGCGGAGGAACACAUUUCUGAAGGAGAGAGUGAGGAGUCUAUGGGAGAUAUGGACCAUGAGCAGCUGUACCAGGAGGUGGAUGCAAACCACGAAAGUAUCUACGAACCAAAACGUUUAAAUCCACCUCAAAUCAAAAUUGAGCGGAAAAUUCUCCAGAGUGCCCAUUUACUGGAUUCUCUUGUCAGUUCUUGCAAUGGAAGUGAGGAAAUGUUGGAGCGAGCUCGAGUGUCUAUAUCCCAGAUUCAGAAAGAGUUUAACGGACAUGAGGUUGAUGAGCAAGAUCUCAUCAUUGCCGAAGAAAUCACUCCGAUUAGUCUCACGCCCAAAACUCCCAUGACACCCCUCACUCCUUUUCUUCCUGAUGCACCUCCAAGCACACCAACAAACUUCUUCAGUGUCAACUUUGAUGCUUCACAUUUCAGCAAUAGCGACUCUGCCCAGAGUGAGAAAAGAGAAGUUACCAGGAGUGUUGAUUCAUGCGGACAACACAGCGCGGGAGUUUAUUCACACAGGGAGCUGAUCACGGGAGUGGAUAUUCAGGUCCACCAUUUUGCCAACUCGGAGCCAACAGACAUAGGGGCAGCAGGAAGGAGAUCAGUGACUAUAACCAACAAUGUGCCUAAACAAACAGAACAGACCUCGGGACCUCAGACCAAACCAGUUACCUCAGAGAAAAGAAUCUAUGCAGUAGCCAACAAGCGGACCAAAGGAUGGAGGAAAGUGUCAGAGGUUAAAGAACCUUCCCCAAUAAUGGAGAACCACGCAGCCAACAACUUGUACAGGGACUUCACCGUGCCAGUGUAUGCAACACUCAAAGGUAAAGCUGCUCAGAUCCGCAGCACACCUUUCAUGGAGGAGACAUCAUCUGAUUCUUCUGAGAAUGAGGAGGAGAUUCCUGUUGCCGUGGUAGCGCCUAGCCAACCUGCUGCUGGAGUGAGCAGUAUGGCCACUGACACAGUGCAAGUGAAGACACCCAGCGCACAGACAACGCCAAAACCUGUCAGAAGUGUGUCCUGCCACUCUGCAGCAUCUGAGGUGUCAUGUGACUAUGCACUUCCGCCAGACGACUCAUCAGGCAAGAGUGACUCCGACACAUCAGAACCGGAACAGAAACUGCUCAAAUUUGCUGCAGACAGCCAGAAACAUGACACACUGGAGAAGUGUGGCUACCUGUCCAAGCUGAGUGGCAAGGUGAAGACGUGGAAGCGGCGCUGGUUCACGCUAAGGAACGGGGAGCUGUUCUACUACAAGUCACAACAUGACGUGCUCAGGAAACCGCAGGGCUCCAUCAAACUGGACGAACAGACUCGCAUCUCUAGAUCUUCCGCAGAGCUCACUUUCGAAAUAACGAACACAAAGAAGACGUACUACUUAUCAGCCAACUCCAUAGCAGAAAUGGACAGAUGGAUGAGAUUACUUAACCGAGUAAUCAAGAGGCAAGCAACAAGUUAUCUACUGGACAAUAUGGAUGGGAAGGCCGUAGUAAAGGGGUGGAUAACCAAGGUGAAGAAUGACGACCGCCGAUGUUGGUGUGUUCUGCUCAGUCGCCACUUUCUCUACUACAAGACACCAUCAGACAAAACCCCGAUCGGUCAGAUCCAACUGCGAGAUGUGAGGUUGGAGGAGAUUGACGGGACGUGUGACUCGGACGAUGAGUCUGAUGUUGCAACUCCGUCACGCCACGUCAUCGCCAUCUGGCCGCCAUGUCAGGGACCAACAUAUCUUGUGAUUCCUACCAAACAGGAGAAGGACUCCUGGUUGUACCAUCUCACAGUAGCUACAGGGGGAGGUGCCGGAACAGUCGGUACAGAUUUCGAGCAGCUCGUCUCAAAACUCAUGGAGGCAACUGGAGAUCCAAACUCAGUGAUGUGGAAACAUCCAAUUCUGCUCCAUACGAAGGAGCCUAUCAGUCGGCCCAUGACCACGCUGCCUUCUGAAGACUUGCAGGAGAAGGCCGUCGAACUGUUCAAGUCAGUAUACCAGUUCAUCAACACUGUGAUUGAGUCUCCAUCCCUGGAGUUCCACGUCACUCUGGCACAGUCCAUUCUCCACUCCUGCCUAGAACACCCUGAGCUGCAAAAUGAGCUCUACUGUCAGCUGAUCAAGCAGACAUCUCGUCACCCUGGACACCACAAAACAGCCAUGCAGAAUCUCCUCCUGUGUGGCAAACAUUCCUGGUUCCUGUGUGACGGCUCUCCCACCUCCCCCACCUCGUCUGUAAUGGACUUGUCCGACUCCAAGAUGAACCCACAGGCCCAUGUCAUUAUGCAGGGGUGGCAGCUUAUGUCUCUGUGUGUGUCUCUCUUCCUUCCCAAACAAAGCGUCAUGUGGCUGCUCAAAGUACAUCUGCAGAGGCAUGCAGAUCCUAGAACCGAACCAGGCAAGUAUGCAAUAUUCUGCCAGAGAGCCCUGGAGAGAAUUAUUCUGAAGGGUGUGCGGGAGUCGAAGCCGUCACGGAUGGAGGUGAUGUCCAUGCUGUUGAGGCACCCGUAUCACCAUUCACAACCAAUCAGUAUUCCAGUUCAUUUUCUCAACGACACAUACCAGGUUGUCAGUUUCGAUGGGUCCACUACAGUACAAGAGUUCCUGGGAUCACUUCACAAGAUGAUCUCAGUGCGAGAAUGUAGCCAGUCAGGGUUUGCUUUGUACACAGACGACCCUGCCGGGACCCAGACAGAGCACUGCUUACAAACUCAUCUCAAGGUCUGUGAUAUAAUCUCCAAGUGGGAACAAGCCUUUCGUGAUCAUCACUCAGGGAACCUUGACCAGAGCAAGGCCAUCAGAAUACUCUACAAGAAUAGGUUAUAUUUUAGCCGCAAUAGUCGUAGUGAGACAGAGAAGGAGAAACUCCUCCUGGCUUACCAAGUGAACGAUGAGAUUGUCCAUGGACGCUUUCCCCUCAACCGUGACCUUGCUCUAGAGCUGGCCUCACUCAUGGCACAGGUGGAGUUUGGAGACAUGAGGCUGGAGGCAUCAUCAAGCGGCAGCGCAACAUCAUCAUCAUCAGCCACUACACAUCAGCACCUCAUCACCGCCGUCACCAAGUUUUACCCCAAGAAAUACCAUGUCACACAACCAGAAGAACAAGCAUCUCUCCUGGAAAGGCUUGCUGAACGGUGGUUGUCCCUUCAAGGACGUACGUCGGCAGACUGUAUCCGUGUGUAUCUCGCUGUAGCCAGGAAGUGGCAGUACUACGGAGCCAAGUUGUACCGGGCCAAGAUAAAGUGUCCUCCGAGUUCUGAUGAAGACAUCUGGCUAGCUGUGCAGGAGGACGGUGUCUCAGUUCUGGAACUUGUAUCUAUGCAACCAGUAGCCCUGUACGACUUCAAAUCAAUCAUCACUUUUGGCGGGUGGAAGAACGACUUCAUGGUUGUGGUGAACCAGCUGGUGGAAUCGGCUCCACACCACUAUGAACAUCACACGGAGAAACUCAUAUUUGCCAUGUCACAACCCAAGAUCCUGGAAAUCACUUUGUUGAUAGCGGACUACAUCAAUGUUAAACUUCAGCAGCCUUCACCAGAAGCCAUGAAUGGGGACACAUAGCAGCAGUUAUCUCCCCUUGGACUUAGAGUUACCUCCCCUAGUCAUGUUACCUUUCAAAAGCAAUCUAUUACACUAACACUGCUGAACAUAUGACAGCUUGAUAUCUUCAUUGCAGGGAUGUGAUCAUUGAAUGUUAUUCAUUUGUUUGACAUGUAUUGUUGAGUUUGGUUCUGUUCUUGACCUAGAUGUGAGUGUACAUUUUCACCCAUGAUACCUCAUGUGAUCUACUGAAUUGUGUGAGUUACGUGUUGAUGUCUGUUUCACUGUUAAUCAUGCACGCAACAUCCUUGACCUGUAGCCAUUAAUGACAUCACUCUUUAGAAACUGCAAUAUACAUGGUUUUCAUACUGCAUUCUUUUUUGUAAAUUUCAUGGAGAAUAAUAUACUACUCAAACAAGUUAAUGAAUGCCGAUUCUUUCAUAUUACUACAGUUAAUCUGUGAUGCCAUGCCAUAACUGAAUGAGUACAGUAAUAUGAAAAAUGGUCCUAAACUUUGUUGGGUAGUAGUUAGUAAUUUGUAAACUUUGUAGUUAAUUUUUAAGUGACAUUCACAAGGGAUGUUAACUAGGGGCUUCUUGAUCAUGAACAGCUUGAAAAGACCAAAUUGAUUUAUCUAGUCAAUCUGUUACAAACAAUUAUGGAAUCCAGCUCGAAGGGACAUUAAGUGGUUAUAUCACUGCAUGACAUUUUAAACUUAAUUGAAUGAGAAUAGAGUCAACUUAUUGCUUAAAUUUCUUUUUCUUUCAGUGCAGCAUUUCAGUACAGAUGUUGGAACUUUUAUCCAAAAGGUCCUUGAUAAGGCAUCCCUACUGAAAUGUCGCAAUAAGAGAAAUAUAGAAGUUACGAUCCUUAACUAUGCCCUCGUUAACAAGUGAUUAACACAUUUAUAAGACUAGGUCAUUAUCUGGCAGAAAUAAUACGGAUAUGACGUCAAAUGUUUAUUUCCUCCAUGGCACUACUAGCAGCUUGUGAUAUUCAUCUUCGUCACUGUUAAAGUUAUUGUGUCACCAUAUGGGUAUGUAUUGACCAUAAUGGUUGUCGACACCCAGACUUCAUGCCAAAGCCCAGCCAUGGAAGCCAGCCCAACUUUAACAUCCUAUAUAUUAUACGUGAGCUGCAGAACAAAGACAGUUGAACUGUUCAUCACUUUAAAUUUGACUUUUUGCUGAAUAAUUUUCAGUUAUCAACUUUAUUUUUCUAGUCAAAAGAACCAAAUCAAUCAAACCAAAUAGACUCCAGCAUUUCCAAUAGAUAAAUUUCUUUAUCAACAUGAUCAAUGGUUUGGUCAAAACGUGUAAAAGUUUGUUGCACUAUUGAUAUUUGUUGACAACUAUGCAAGUUAUGUGUUACACCAAACUUUAUGCACAUAAGUUUUUUCAUGAUGAGCAAUAUUGAAACAAAGUUCAAUUUCAUGUGUUUGUUCGUUCUGUGCAGUUUUCAUCCAAUCCUGACAUAGAGCUUUGGUCCUCCAAUGCUUGUAUUGUAUUUAUAUAUUACUCUUUACAGUGCAGUAUGCAAUAUAUUUAUAUCUAGUCAUUGUGAUAAUACUCCAACUGCAUAAUAGUCAGUACAAACUCAUCUUCUGAAAGCAAGGGAGUUAACUCACUACAAAGGUCAAUUUCCUCUUUUCAGAACUUGGUUGGAAUUUCAAGGGUUGAUUGUAACACCACCAGUGACUAUUACAAGUUUUAUCUCUUCUCCGCAACCGGUGACUGAGAUUCCGGUGUUUAACGAUACAAGUCUACAUCAUAAUAAAUCAGAUCUUUCCUCUCGAAGUGCAUCGAUCACUCAAGCAAGUUGAUUAAACCAUUAACGUUAAGGAAAUAUCUGUCGACACCCAUUGGUCAGUACACAUGCUUUACAAAUCCUGCAAUCAACCAGGUGUUGAUUUCAAUACAUGAUUUCGAAUAACUCGCUAGGCCAGCCAAGUUAAACUGAUGAAAUUCCAGCCUGGUUCGAUAAGGGAGGAUACUGGAUUCCCUUGCCUCAGAAGAAGGGUGGUAGAAACCUUAAGGUGAAUUCUUGUUUAGUAAGGCCGAAAUGGUACAGAUUUAAGAUUUAGAGUACAUUUAGUGCUACACGCUGACCGAUUUUUCAAUAGGCCUAUUUUUAUAGACUGUCUGAAAUAUCCUUGUAAAUGUCAUGAAAUAUAUCCUGAAAAGAGGACAUUCUCUAUAAUAUCAGGAUAUUCUAUUAGAUAUGCCAAACUUUAUGAUUACCUCUUGAAUAUCCGGAGUUUAUUUUCCGCUGGGUCACAUACAUGAUACCUACAUGAAUACCUACAGUUUGCAGCCAAAAGCGAUCAACAGUUGAGGCACACGAGCAAAACUGAUGACGUUUCAUCUUAUACAAGCAUCUAAUGCCAGCUUUAUAAUGAAUCUUACUUUAUACUUGUGAACACAUGAGAUAUGGUAAUGAGGUACUCUGCCCAAAGGUCAACCUAAGUUUCCUGUCUCAUUAUUUCUUUGGAAUGUUUCAGAAUGGAUUUCAGGGAUAAAUACAACGAGAAUGGAAAUGGGGCUUUUGUUUUGUGAACAAUUACUGUUUUUUAAAUCUUUAAGUGAAAGGUUUGAAGUUGUUUGAUGGGCAUUCUAGAAGUUGGUGACUCAGAAAUGAAACAUACAACUUUAUGGAUGACAACUUCUUAUUUAUUGCAUAAAGCGAUGUUUCGAUGUAGAUUCUUUCAUUUCUGACUCAGUAUUUGUCAAGUUUGAAUACAUGUAUGUGAUGAAAAUAUAAAAUCUGACAAAUUGAUGGAGUGUGUUUAUGAGAACCUAUUCUCAGCUUCAUUUAUUAAUCUUUCAUAAUUCUUAAACCAAAGUCAAUCUUGAAUAACAUUGGAACUCAUCUUGAGAAAUAUUGUCAUGUGUUUAGCUGAGUAAGUAAAAUCUAGCUUAAUAACACUGGAGCAGCUGUUCAAACUUAAAUGUUAAAACAUAAAAGUUAAAACCAAACUCUUUUGCCUGAUGUGGAUAUUGGUAUUGGUCCCAGUAAACCAUGCUGGUAAAAAAAAUUAAUCUGUCUCGGAGACUUGGUUGGAAGUGUUUCAUUCCACCCAUCACUGGAUUGUCUGGUCCAGACUCUACUGUUUACAAGCAUCUGUAAUAUAGCUGGAAUAUUGCUGAAUGCAAUAAAUACAAACUCCUCUAAUGAUUGUGAGAAUCUAGAUUUCUCUCUACUGUAGGGGAGUGCUUUAAAGUGAGUGGGUUUAACAUCACUUUGCACAAAGUACUGAUAGGGGCUGUCACAUAUAUAUUAAUCUUGAACGAUGAAGGUCUCCAUUAAAUGUAACAUUAUUUAUUCAAGGACUGCUUGUCUAUAAAGGAUUAUUAGUACCUAUCAUCAAAUCCGUACUGUGUUUGCUUUAUGAAUCACACAUUCCCAACUUAAUCUGUGUUGACAAAUGACUUGCAGAAGUCUUCUCAGUGUUGAAAACAUCACUGUUUGAACUUGAAAUACUUACAUCAUCCACUCAUUUAGACAGACUUACCAACACAUGAAUGUUUCAUUGAAUCGUCAUCUGAAUGGUCACUUGUCUGGUUGACCUAAUUCCUGGACAAGAUAUCAAUUUGUUUGACCUGUUAAAAAAGGAUUUUUUUGUCCUCUGUUGAAAAAUAUCUACAUCAUUUAACAGUUUAAGCACAAAGACAUUCAACUGACAAUAUCUAUUCUUCAGUGAAUCUCAAGAUACAGAUCUCAAAAUUAAUCGUUGUUACAAUUUCUCCUAUGCACAUUAUUGCCCCUUGAUCUCAAAGCUCACCUUAUCCCAGUUUGCUCCAGGAUUCAUUUAGUUAAAAAGGGGUCCACUUGUAAUAUCAUGAAUUACUUGGCGCUACUUUUUUGUGGAAUUGAGGCAGGGCCCUUUCUUCAAAGCCCUCUGAGCACUACGACUAUCAUAAGCCUGUGUUAAGUUAUGACCCCUUAGCACUAAGACCGCUUCAUGGAACAGGGUGCGAAACAGCCGGAAUGAUGAUUGUUGGUGAGUCUGAUUUCAUAUAUGUAUGAAUAUAUAUAUUCAGUCAUCAGUGUUGUUUUCCAUAUCCUCAUUGUAAACAAUUAUUCAUGUCACAUAUAAUCAAUGGAUUGUACUUGAUGGGAACAUAUAACCGUUUUAGUCAUACUGUCACAAACAUAAAAAACAUUGUUGAGUGGAUGGUUGUGAUGAGAUUUAUAGGGCAAUGUUGAUAUCAUCAUCUGGUUGAACUCAGGUUUAUCAUUGAUCAUUUUCCCAUUUUGAUAUCAUUCAUUACUAGAUAUCAGCAACAUUCUCAAGGUGUCAGUAACUGCAGACCUAACAAAAGAAUACCAGUUGUCAUACAGUCAUAUUCAUCUAGACAAAUCACAUGAUAUCAUCCAUAAGAUACUUAGUGGAAAGAUCUUUCGCUGAAGAAUAAUGCUAACAUUCAAGAUGGAUAUCAGUUACCAUUUUGAUAUCCAUUAUCACAGAAACAAUUGAUGUAUAGACUCUAUAGUAUUAAUACUGCAAGUACAAGGGCCAGACUAUAGACCUUGGGCCAGUACUGCUCAAGGGUUUGGGUGAGGGAACUCACUGUGGUUCAGUAAGUUCCUCCUGUCCCUGGGCCCAAUGAAAUGCUAUUCCUAACUUGCUUGCUUUAAAGAUUUUAUGAGUGCUUCCAAUCAGUACAGGUUUUGCACUUAAUGAGGAAGGAUAUCUGGCCUUUAAGAAAAGGAUUGACAUCUGACAAGAAUUCAUUAAUGUUUCACUUUUUAUACAUUGAUCAUUAUAUUCUGCAUCAAGGGAAAGCUUGAUUAUGGAAAAAAAAGCCUUUAACUUUAAUUGUAAGUUGUUGAAGAAAUGACUUCAUUGAAUUAGGUUUUAGACAUUGAAUCGGUCUGGGUGUCUUGACUAAGUUUAUUCAGAUAUUUUGGUAACGGCAACUUUUCAGAUUGUGUGGAUGGACAUGAUUAAGCAUUUCUGUGAUAAUUACAUGAGUCAAUACUAGAUAUGGAGAGAAUUGUGAUUUCGGAGAAGUGUGUGUUGGUAGUAUGAACCAUGGAAUGAAAGGUGAAUUCCUUAUGACGUGAUUAUUGAGUAACUGUGAAGUUAUUGAUUGUCUUCAUUUAGCUAUGUUACCAGCAUAAAUGUUUUUCAAACAAGUUUCAAAAUUGUGAUAUAUUUUGAAUAAAGAACUUAAUUCAUUAAGCCAAAACAUUUUUGAACAAGUAAUCCUGUGGUUAGAAGAUAUUUGCAUUAAUUCAAAGGUGAAAUAUAGGCCACAGUUUCCACUGUCCCAGAAAUAUGCAAUGAGUGUUGUCAAACAAGCUCAGGGAGAAAAACAAGUCAUGCAAUCAGUCAUCUGUGGACAUGGUAGGUUGUGAUCAACUCAGGUAGAUUCACAUGCAGUGUUGAUGCAAACUGUUGAAUGGAAGAUAUAGAUAUGUGUGACCAUGUUAUGAUUACUGGAUGGAUGAAUUAGUAAAAAACUGGUAACCUUGGUAGUUGGACCAUCAGCAUUAGUGUGACAUUUGUGUGUGGAUGAUAGUAAGAGCCUGAAUGUGAGUGUUAAUUCAAUUUCCCAAAAGAUUUUGUUGAAGUUAGUCAAGAUACCUGCAAAAACCUACUAACAAAAAUUAUUUGACUUUAAGGUUUCAAUGUUCAUUCACCUUGGUUGAAUGUUUGAGUUACUUUCACUUUUGUAGAAAGUUCUCGUUACAUUAUAUCAUUCUGUUUUAGUUGUCCUGAAAAUGCUUUCUUUCACAAGGAGACCUUGAGUUUAUGUACAAAUUGUACUAAGUGAUGAGUUUGCUGGAUGAAGAUACCAUCCAGAAAUCUGUCAUAAGGAAUGACAUGAUUUUCUCUGCCAGAAAAAAAUAAACGUGAUUUGAUACUAAAA